UCUAUCUCUCUCUCUCCCUCCUCUCCUCUGUCAAAACCCACACGAAAGCUCUCUCUCUCUCUCUUCUCUGAAACUAGGGUUUCUCGAUUCACCAUCUCCGCUUUCUUACGUUACCAUAGUUUCAACUACAAGUGAAAGCAGCUACGGAUGUGAAAUGCUCGGGUAACGAAACGAUGCAGAAGAUUCUGUACAAGACUACAACCUGCUCAACACCUCUUCUCUCUGCUCCGGUUACCUCCUUCGCCGGUAGUCUUAUCUCUACACAACCCAUCGCCAUACCUAGUCUCCUCUCUCCAAGGUGUAAGACCUCCUUCAAAAACCCAUCUCUCUGUUCCACCCCCAGACCUUUCUCUACCUCCACUAUGCCGACCACGGCAUGCUCUGUUUCUACAAACGGUGCCGUUCUCUCCGGGAUUCUACAGAAAACCCGUGUCCUCAGAGCGGCGUCGCUACCGUUCUCAGCCUCUUUCCGGUGCUCAGUUAACGGGAGAAUCCAUAGUACUAGUCGAAGAAACCAGUUGUUCCACUCCGAAUCAAACGGAGGUCUUAGCUCUGUUAACGCAGUGGUUGAAGACGACUCUGACGGAGGAGAAGAUGAUAAGCCAAUGAGGAUGAGCCGUCGAAAUAGACGGAGCUCUAACGGAAGCUGUGACGGCAAUCCAGAUUUACUGAAGAUUCCUGGCGUGGGUCUGAGGAACCAGAGGAAGCUUGUUGAUAACGGUAUCGGAGAUGUCGCAGAGCUCAAGAAGCUCUACAAAGAUAAGUUCUGGAAGGCAAGCGACAAGAUGGUUGAUUAUCUCCGUAGCUCUGUUGGGAUUAUUCACAGGAACCACGCGGAGAGCAUCACAACGUUCAUCAAAGAGAGCGUAGACUCAGAGCUCAAGGACCCUAAUGCGAACCCCAAGAAGCGUUUGACGUUUUGUGUCGAAGGGAACAUUAGUGUAGGCAAAUCAACUUUUCUUCAAAGAAUAGCUAACGAGACUAUCGAGCUGCGUGACCUCGUUGAGAUAGUUCCCGAGCCGGUUGACAAGUGGCAAGACGUUGGACCAGACCACUUCAAUAUACUAGACGCUUUCUACUCAGAGCCUCAGAGGUACGCUUACACUUUCCAGAACUACGUGUUCGUCACGCGCCUGAUGCAGGAGAAAGAGUCUGCUUCUGGGGUUAAGCCUCUCAGGUUGAUGGAGAGGAGCGUCUUCAGUGACAGAAUGGUGUUUGUGAGGGCGGUUCAUGAGGCGAAGUGGAUGAACGAGAUGGAGAUAAGCAUAUAUGAUUCUUGGUUUGAUCCGGUUGUCUCUGCUUUACCUGGGCUUGUUCCUGAUGGGUUCAUAUACUUGAGGGCGAGUCCGGACACUUGCCACAAGAGGAUGAUGCUGAGGAAACGAGCGGAAGAAGGUGGAGUCUCGCUGAAGUACCUCCAGGAUUUGCACGAGAAGCAUGAGAGCUGGCUCUUACCGUUUGAGAGUGGGAACCAUGGGGUACUGUCUGUUAGUAAACCGUCUUUACAGAUGGAUAACAACUCUCUGCAUCCGGAUAUAAAAGACCGUGUGUUUUACUUGGAAGGAAACCAUAUGCAUUCUAGCAUCCAGAAGGUCCCUGCUUUGGUUUUGGACUGUGAACCAAACAUUGACUUCAGCCGAGAUAUUGAAGCAAAGAGACAGUAUGCACGCCAGGUUGCUGAGUUCUUUGAGUUUGUGAAGAAAAAGCAAGAAACAUCGCAAGAGAAGGGCAACAGUCAGUCUCCGUUGCUGAUACCUCCUCAAAAGGGAGGUCUCUGGAUGGGACCAGAAGGCAAGCAUGUCCCGGGAUUAGAACUCGAGUCUCUUGAUUUCAGAAAGGCCAUGUCGCUCUUAACCAGACCGUCUGCAUAGAUAGACUGUCCACAGACGCUGUUUUUUUCUUUGCUCUGAAGGAGCAUGUCCGAAUGUCAAUAGGUAUGUAUGGUCGGCUUUUGUUUCCCUCUUAGAUGUAGAAACAAUGUUUUGUUUGUUUGGUUAGUUAUAACCCUUUUGUGUAGAGAAGCUUAAUGUCUGGACACUUAUAUUAGAUAUGUUGUUUCUUGAAAUUUUUGAUGGUCUGAAACUCUUCAGUUUUCAUUUACUGUCACUAUUGAUCGGUACAA